AAGUGCGUGCUGGGUGAAUUAGCUAAUCGCUGGGGAGAGUGUGAAGUGAGCGACCAGCGGCUGAAACCCGGGAGAGGAGGGGGCGGGGGAGGAUCCCGGCGCCCCGCCCUCUCGGUAACCGCUGCGAGCUGGCCAAUCCGGGCAGGCCGCAGUGAUGCGCAGCCUAUCAGCGACCUGGUCUCUCCCGGAGGUUCCGCGUUAGCCUUGGCCCUCAAGGCAGGGGAGGGGGCGAGGGCGCCGCGGCCCACCGCAGCUCAGGUCCCGGUCGCUUGCCUCCGGGGGUCUGGCAGGUCCCGGCUUGCCACCUCCCCGGAGACUUGAUGGCCUCGGAGGGCCUGGCAGGGGCGCUUGCCACCGUGCUGGGGGGGAAAGGGUUGCUGGUGCAGAGCUGUGACUCGGAGCCGGCUGGGAAGCCGCUGUUUCCCGUGCGGCUGCGGAAGAAUGUCUGCUACGUGGUGCUGGCCGUGUUCCUCAACGAGCAGGAUGAGGUGUUGAUGAUCCAGGAGGCCAAGAGGGAAUGCCGGGGAACGUGGUACCUCCCUGCAGGAAGAAUGGAGCCAGGCGAAACCAUCGUGGAGGCCAUGCAGCGGGAGGUGAAGGAGGAGGCGGGGCUGCUCUGCGAGCCAGUGACACUUCUGUCUGUGGAGGAGAGGGGCGCCUCCUGGAUCCGCUUUGUGUUCCUGGCUCGCCCAACAGGCGGAGUUCUCAAGACUUCCAAAGAUGCUGAUUCUGAGUCCCUCCAGGCCGGCUGGUACCCACGGGUCUCCCUGCCCACACCGCUUAGAGCCCAUGAUGUUCUGCACCUGGUAGAGCUAGGUGCCAAAUUCUGCCAACAAGCCAUGCACCCUCUCAUUCUGCCUCAAGAGCUUCCCUGCAGUGUGGUCUGCCAACGGUUGGUGGCCACCUUUACAACAGUCCAGUCGGUGUGGGUGUUGGUGGGCACAGUGGGGACACCUCACUUGCCCAUCACUGCCUGUGGCUUUACCCCUAUGGAACAAAGGGGCGGCAUCAGGGUGGCCACCCUGAGGCUACUACAGGAGUGCCUGACUCUGCACAGUUUGGCAGUGGAGACCAAGGGGUUGCUUGGGCUGCAACACCUAGGCAGAGACCAUGUGGAUGGUGUCUGCCUAAAUGUGCUGGUGACGGUGGCUUUUCGGAACCCGGGAAUCCAAGAUGAGCCCCCAAAGAUUCGGGGUGAAAACUACUUUUGGUGGAAGGUAUUAGAGGAAGAUUUACAAAAACUGCUUCUGUACAGACUCCAGGAAUCGUCAGUGGUCCCCCUGAGCAGAUAGAGAGAUGCCAGCAGGGGCCAAAAGCUGAGCAGCCCCCUCCCUCUGAGGUAGAGAAAAGGCUGGCAGUCAGGGAUCUCAUUGUACAUUUUGAGGGGGGCAGGGACCACACAUGGAGCCCAAAAGAAGAGUGCCUUGAAUCCACUCUUCAAGGGCUCAGUUCUGAGAGCACACAGUACUUCUCUUUUAAGUUGGUGAGGAACUUUUCGAACCCUAAAUGGCACCAUCAUCUUUGUCCACUUUGGAAAAGGCUGCAUGUCAAUCCUUCCAGCCCCAUAGGAAUGUAGAGAGGGAUGGGACAUGGGGGACGCAUCCCUCAGGGCAGAGUCCUCAUUGCUGAGUAAAAAGGUGUUGCUUAACCUGCCUACUUGCCUAAAUGUAUGUGUGGGGAGGAUACGGGGCACUGUCCCACCCACAGUCACCCAUGGUCUUUCCUCACCAUGUACACACUGAUGUUAUGCAGGGAUCCUGGGGCAGACAUCGAUGCUUGCUGAAGCCUCGACCCACCCAGGCUCUCUUUAGUGUUCCUGUCCUGUCGGGGCGGGCGUGGGACUUUGAAGUGACCACACCCCUAAUAAAAGCACAGCCCAGACCCGUCCAGGUGCUGAACGGUUCGGUCUGGUGGAACGAGAAAGAGCUGAGGAUGACACGUUGGCCUCUGCCAGUCUUUUUCUCUUCGAGCUUCCUGGGCUCUGACCUGUCCCGUGUGCUCUUGGGCCUGGCUUUUUGGUUUUUGCUCAUGCCCCUGUCCUCAGUUCAUGUAGCCCAGGCUGACUGUGGACUCUUACAGUGUAGCUGGUGAUGUCCUUGACUCUCUGAAGGAGUCAAGCCCUUUUAUCAACGGGUUACACUCCCAGGCCAUCACAGGAUUCUGUUUUCUUGAGAUAGACUCUGCCCACAUAGACCAGGCUGACCUCAAUCAAGUUUGUUGUGAUCUUCCUGCCUCCGAUUCUGGAGUCCUGGGAAUACAGAUGUGCUCCAGCAUGCCAGCUCCUGCUGCUGCUGCUUAUCAUUAGCAUCAUUAUUAUUAUUAUCUGAUGAAAGCUUUGGAGCUGGAGAGGUGGCUCUGCUCAGCAGUUAUGAGCAUGUGCACCUCUUGCUGAGGACCUGAGUUUGGUUUCCAGUCCUUGCAGCAAGUGGCUCACAACCACCUCCAGCUUCAGGCUUUCCGAAACCCUCUCUGGCCCCUGAGGGCACUCACUCAAUGUGCACAUCUCCUAUACAGACAUACAUAAUUAAAAAUGAAAAUGAAAAUGAAAAUCAAAAGCAGUUGGAGCAAAGAAAAUGUAUCCCGUGUUGCUAAUCAUCACAUUAGGGGAAAGAUUUCUGAUUCUGAGCAAGGAGACGUACUUUCUGGCAUUGCUUUUCAAAGAGGACAGUAGCUUGAAGAGCCAGAAAAACUCCUUGAUCCUUUCCCUAGUGCCCCAGGCCUCAUUGGUAACCAUCUUGUGGUCUCUAGAGAGGAAUCCUCCUUAGACUCCCUGAGGACAUAGUUUCCAAAUGAUAAACCAAAGUGAGGUAUGAUGACACAUACCUAUUAUCCCAACAUUCAGGAGGCAGAGGCAGGAGGAUCUCUAGGAGUCUAUAUAGCAAGUCCCAGGACAGCCAGUCCUACAUAGCGAGGCCCUGUUUCAAAAACUGGAACAAAAUAAAUGAAGUCUUUUCUAUUUU